AUGGCAAGCUAUCUACACGUCAAUGUGCCGGCCGAAGGCGCAAAGGUUACUCUUUCCGACGGCGAGCUGCAGGUUCCGGACAACCCCAUCAUCCCGUUCAUUGAAGGUGACGGGACCGGGGUGGACAUCUGGGCUGCUUCGGUGCGGGUGCUGGACGGCGCCGUCGCCAAGGCGUACGGCGGCAAGAAGAAGAUCGCCUGGACGGAGGUCUAUGCGGGGGAGAAGGCCCAGGCGGUCUACGGCGACGAUUGUCCUGCCAGCCUGCUGCCGCAGGAGACGGUGGAUGUCAUCCGGGAGUACCUGGUGGCCAUCAAGGGCCCGUUGACCACGCCCGUGGGCGAGGGCUUUGCAGCCUCAACGUAA